CGUUUGCUUAUAUAAAUGCCAUGGCCUGGUGGUGGCGGAGAAGGGAAUCACUUCAAUACGGAGAUGGAGAGAUGCCAUGUCCAAGAACAGGUUGAAGUGGUGGGGAAGGCAUUUGUGGAUCAUUACUACAACCUUUUCGACAAUGAUCGACCCUCUCUUGCUUCUCUUUACCAGCCAACCUCCAUGCUGACAUUUGAGGGUCAGAAGAUAGUUGGCGUUGAGGAUAUCUCCUGUAAGCUAAACAACUUGCCAUUUGGUAACUGCAAACAUAUAAUUAGCACCAUUGAUUCACAGCCCUCAGCUUAUGGAGGGGGCAUCGUCGUGUUUGUCAGCGGCAGCCUCCAGUUGCCUGGAGAGGAGCAUCACUUGAGAUUUAGCCAGAUGUUUCACUUGAUUCCAACACAAGAUGGACGCUUCUUCGUGCAAAAUGACUUUUUCCGGCUAAAUUAUGGUUGAUUUUUUUCACUUUUCUGUUCACAUGUUGCACUUGUAACCUUAAUAUUGAUUGAUGGAAUAAUAUUUUGUAUCUUCAUGGUUCAA